UGUGUCCCUUGGACACAGCGGAUCACCGAUCACAGAAAGAGCCGAAGAUGUUGGCUCGGUCAUGUGAUCAGCUGUGUCCAGUCACAGCUGAUCACAUGGGACAUGUACACUGAUCAUCAGGGCAGUGAUUAUCAGUGUAGCCCCAGCAGUGCCACCUGUCAGUGCUCAUUAGUGCCUUGUGCCAGUGCCCAUCAGUGCAACAUCAAUGCCACAUAUCAGUGCCCAUCUGAACUGCCUUUCAGUGCCACCUAUCAAUGCCAAUCAGUGCCACCAAUCAGUGCCGCCUAUCAGUGCCGCCUGUCA